CAGCAGUCCGGUGGGGUGGGUGGGUUGAGUUAGUGCUCCGGCCCUGGCCCAGGGGCUGGAGGGGUGCCUUGGAGCCUCCCCCAUGAAUUUGGGACAGGAGGGGUCGUUGGAAGCCCAGCUGGCACUGGAGACAGUCAUCGAGACCCUGGAGAGCAGCACCGUGGGGCCGGGUCAGGACGAGGGCCCGAGUGUGCAGGACCCGGCCCCAGACUCUCGGUCCACGUGCCUGCCCGCCCGCAUCAGGGAAAUCGUCACCCGCAACCUCUCCCCAGCCGCAAGCCCAGCCCCGCGGCCCGGCCCGGAGAUGGCGUCCCUGCUGUCCGUGCAGGAGGAGAACCAGCUGCUGCAGCAGGAGCUGUCGCGCGUGGAGGACCUGCUGGCCCAGAGCCGGGCGGAGCGCGACGAGCUGGCCAUCAAGUACAACGCAGUCAGCGAGAGGCUGGAACAGGCUUUCCAACUGGAGGCCGGGGAGCUGGAAACGCAGGAGCCGCGGGGGCUGGUGCGGCAGAGCGUGGAGCUGCGCAGGCAGCUGCAGGAGGAGCAGGCGUCCUACCGGCGCAAGCUGCAGGCCUACCAGGAGGGCCAGCAGCGGCAGGCGCAGCUCGUGCAGCGGCUGCAGGCCAAGAUCCUCCAGUACAAGAAGAAGUGCUCAGAGAUGGAGCAGCAGCUUCUGGAGAGAUCCACGGAGCUGAAGCAGCAGCAGCUGAGGGACACCGAGCACAGCCAAGACCUGGAGAGCGCCCUCGUCCGCCUGGAGGAGGAACAGCAGAGGUGCGCGCCGCAGGGGCGGGGUCCGCUUGAGGCCAGCACGCGGUGGGGGUGCGCCUCCCCGACCCCUGCCCGACCAAUCGCCCCGCCUGCCCCACUCAGGAGUGCCAGCCUAGCCCAGGUGAACGCCAUGCUUCGAGAGCAGCUGGGCCAGGCCAGCUCGGCCAACCAGGCUCUGAGCGAGGACAUUCGCAAGGUGACCAGUGACUGGACACGCAGCCGCAAGGAACUGGAGCAGAGGGAGGCAGCGUGGAGGCGCGAGGAGGAGUCCUUCAAUGCCUACUUCAGCAGCGAGCACAGCCGCCUUCUGCAACUGUGGAGGCAGGUGGUGGGCGUCCGACGGCUGGUUAGCGAGGUGAAGAUGUCCACCGAGAGGGACCUGCUGCAGCUGGGCGGAGAGCUGGCCCGCACCUCCCGCGCCGUGCAGGAGGCGGGCCUGGGGCUGAGCUCCGGCCUGCGGCUGGCCGAGGGCCGCACCGAGGCAGCCCUGGAGAAACAGAGCCUGCUGCAGGCGCGGCUGGAGGAGCAGCUCCGCGACAGGGAGCUCCGGGACAAGGAGCUGGCCCAGCUGCGGGCGCAGAGUGACCUGGACAAGGCUGACCUCACCGCCAGAGUGUCCGAGCUGGCCCUGACGGUGGAGCAUCUUCAGAAACAGCAUCUGGAGAAGGAUGAGCUCAACAAAGCCCUCACGGAGAAGCUGGAGGCUCUGGAAACGCUGCGGCUCCAGGAACAGGUGGCUGUGGAGACUGAGGACGGCGAGGGCCUGCAGCAGACCCUCCGGGACCUGGCACAGGCCGUCCUGUCGGACAUGGAGAGCGGGGUCCAGCUCAGUGGCUCCGAGCACACGGCCGAGACGUCUGAGGGCAGCCUGCGGGGGCUCUCAGGCGCGCGGACCCCGUCCCCGCCGCGGCGCCCCUCUCCCAGCCGGGGCCGGUCCCCACGGCGAGGCCCGUCCCCCGCCUGCUCCGAGUCCUCCACGCUCGCCCUCAUCCACUCUGCCCUGCAUAAGCGCCAGCUGCAGGUCCAGGACAUGCGCGGGCGCUAUGAGGCCAGCCAGGAGCUGCUGGGCACCGUGCGGAAGCAGCUCGCGGACAGCGAGAGCGAGCGCCGGGCGCUGGAGGCACAGCUGCGGCGGCUGCAGGACCAGACCGACGCGGCCGCGCUCGCCCACGAGGAGGCGCGGCGGGAGGCCAAGCGGCUGCAGAGUUCCCUGGACCUCCUGACCAGGGAGAAGAGCGGCCUGGCCGGCAGCCUGCAGACGGCCCAGCAGCGGGCCGAGGAGCUGCGGCAGGAGCGGGAGAAGCUGCAGGCGGCCCAGGAGGAGCUGCGGCGGCAGCGGGAUCAGCUCGAGGAAGAGCGGGAGGACGCCGCCCAGGACCGGGCGCGCAUGCGCAGGGAGCUGGAGCGCAGCCACCGGCAGCUGGAGCAGCUGGAAGGGAAGCGUUCGGGGCUGGCCCAGGAGCUGGUGGAGGUGCGGGAGGCGCUGAGCUCCACCACCCUCCAGCGGGACAUGCUGCAGGCCGAGAAGGCUGAGGUGGCCGAGGCACUGACCAAGGCGGAGGCGGGCCGCGUGCAGCUGGAGCUCUCGCUGACCAAGCUGCGGGCCGAAGAGGCCUCUCUGCGGGAUUCCUUGUCCAAGAUGAGUGCGCUCAACGAGAACCUCGCACAGGACAAGCUGGCUCUGAACCGCCUCAUUGCCCAGCUGGAAGAGGAAAAGGCAGCGGUGCUGGGCCGCCAGCGGCAGGUGGAGCAGGAGGCCAGCUCGGCGCGGGAGGAGCAGGAGCGGCUGCAGCAGGAGCGGCUGGAGCGGGAGGUGGAGCGGCAGGGCCUGGAGGGCUCCCUGCGGGCGGCGGAGCAGGCGCGAGAGGCCCUGGAGCACCGGCUCCCCACGCUGUGCUCGGAGCGCGGCAGGCUGCAGGAGCAGCUGGCCCAGCUCUCCCGGCAGCUGAGCAGCCGCGAGCAGGAGCUGGAGCAGGCGCGGCGGGAGACGCAGCAGCAGGUAGAGGCCCUGGAGCGCUCGGGCCGGGAGAAGGAGGCCCUGGCCAAGGAGCAGGCCAGCCUGGCCGUGCAGCUGGCCGCCGCCGAGCGGGAAGGCCGGAGCCUGUCCGAGGAGGCCGCACGCCUGCGCGUGGAGAAGGAGGCGCUGGAGGGCAGCCUGUUUGAGGUGCGGCAGCAGCUGGCCCAGCUCGAGGCCCGUCGGGAGCAGCUGGAGGCGGAUGGACAGGCCCUGCUCCUGGCCAAGGAGGCCCUGACCGUGGAGCUGGCGGGCCUGCGGCAGCAGAUGGCAACAGCGGAGGAGAAGGCGGCGCUGGACAAGGAGCUAAUGGCCCAGAAGCUGGUGCAGGCCGAGCGGGAGGCCCAGGCCUCGCUCCGGGAGCAGCGGGCAGCUCACGAGGAAGACCUGCAGCGGCUGCAGCGAGACAAGGAGGCGGCCUGGCGGGAGCUGGAGACGGAGCGGGCCCAGCUGCAGGGCCAGCUGCAGCGGGAGCAGGAGGAGCUGCUGGCCCGGCUGGAGGCCGAGAAGGAGGAGCUGAGCGAGGAGAUCGCGGCGCUGCAGCAGGAGCGCGAUGAGGGCCUCCUCCUGGCCGAGAGCGAGAAGCAGCAGGCCCUGUCCCUGAAGGAGUCGGAGAAGACGGCGCUGUCGGAGAAGCUGAUGGGGACCCGGCACAGCCUGGCCGCCAUCUCCCUGGAGAUGGAGCGGCAGAAGCGGGACGCGCAGAGCCGGCAGGAGCAGCACCGGAGCACGGUGAACGCGCUGACGGCCGAGCUGCGGGACCUGCGCGCCCAGCGGGACGAGGCGGCGGCGGCGCACGCGCAGGAGCUGGAGCAGCUGCAGGAGCGGGCCCGGGAGCUGGGCCGGCAGCGCGAGCUGGGCGUGCGCGAGGCAGAAGAGCUCCGGAAGCAGCUGCAGCUUCUGGAGGAGGCCCGGGACGGGCUGCGGCAGGAGCUGCUGGAGGCGCAGCGGCGCGCGCGGGAGAGCCUGGACAGCUGCGAGGCCCAGCGGCAGGGGGCGGCCGGCCUGCGGCGCAGCCUGGCCGAGGGCGCCCAGGAGCGCGAGGCCCUGCGCAGGUCCAACGAGGAGCUGCGGGCCGCCGUGAAGAAGGCCGAGAGUGAGCGCAUCAGCCUGAAGCUGGCCAAGGAGGACAAGGAGCAGAAGCUGGCGCUGCUGGAGGAGGCGCGGGCAGCCGCGGGCAAGGAAGCCGGGGAGCUGCGCGUGGCACUGCAGGAAGUGGAGCGGUCCCGGCUGGAGGCCCGCAGGGAGCUGCAGGAGCUGCGGCGCCAGAUGAAGGUGCUGGACAGCGAGAACGCCCGGCAGGCCCGAGAGCUGGCGGACCUGCAGGGCCGCCUGGCGCUGGGCGAGCGGGCCGAGAAGGAGGGCCGGCGGGAGGCCCUGGGCCUGCGGCAGCGGCUACUGAAGGGCGAGGCCAGUGUGGAGGCCAUGCGGCAGGAGCUCCAGGGGGCUCAGCGCAAGCUGCAGGAGCAAGAGAGCGAGUUCCGGGCCCGGGAGCGAGGCCUGCUGGGCUCCCUGGAGGAGGUGCGCAGUGCCGAGAAGCAGCAGCUGGACCACGCCCGCCGCCUGGAGCUGAAGCUGGAGACCACGCGGGCCGAGGUGGCCGAGCUGGGCUUGCGGCUGAGCGCGGCGGAGGGCCGGGCACAGGGCCUGGAGGCGGAGCUGGCCCGGGUGGAGCUGCAGCGGCGCACGGCCGAGGCCCAGCUGGGCAGCCUGCGCUCGGCCCUGCGCCGGGGCCUGGGCCUCGGCCGGGUGCCCAGCCCUGCCCCGCUGCCCGGGCCUGGGUCCCCUGCCAGGGGCUUGCCGGCGGGAGGAAGUGGAGACGGGCUUGGCAGCCCCAGCCCCCUGGAACGCAGUCCGGGCUCCCAGCCACCGUCCCCGGGACCCGUCCUCUCCCCGGGGUCUUCAGACCUGGACCCAGAGGCGGUGCGGGGAGCCCUCCGGGAAUUCGUGCAGGAGCUGCGGACCGCCCAGAGGGAGCGGGACGAGCUCCGGGCCCAGGCGGGCGCCCUGAGCCGCCAGCUGGCCGAGACGGAGGCCGAGAGGGACAGCGCCACGUCCCGGGCGAGGCAGCUGCAGAAGGCUGUGGCCGAGAGUGAGGAAGCACGGCGCUGUGCGGACGGGCGGCUGAGCAGUGCCCAGGCGCAGCUGGCCCAGCAGGAGGAGAGUGCGAGGCGCAGCGAGCGUGAGCGCCGGGCCGCGCUGGACCAGGUGGCGGCGCUGGAGAGGAGCCUGCAGGCUGCCGAGAGCGAGCUCCGCGCCCAGCAGGAGAAGGUCAGCAAGCUGAAGGCCAGCGAGGGCAAGCUGGAGAGCGACAAGCGGCGCCUGAAGGAGGUGCUGGACGCCUGCGAGAGCCGCAGCAUCAAGCUGGAGCUGCAGCGGCGCUCGCUGGAGGGGGAACUGCAGCGCAGCCGGCGGGGCCUGGGCGACCGCGAGGCCCAGGCGCAGGCCCUGCAGGAGCGCGUGGAGUCUCUGCAGAGGCAGGUGGCAGACGGCGAGGUGAAGGCAGAGACCCUGCAGCUGGCGGUGGGGCGGCUGAGCGGGGCCCUGGCCAAGGUGGAGGAGAGCGAGGGGGCCCUGCGGGACAAGGUGAAGGGACUGACGGACGCCCUGGCCCAGAACAGCGCCAGCCUCACCAGCACCCAGGACAAGAACCUGCAGCUGCAGAAGACGCUGGCGGCCUGCGAACAUGACCGCCAGGUGCUCCAGGAGCGGCUGGAGGCCGCAAAGCAGGCGCUGUCCGAGGCUCGGAAGCAGAGCAGCCACCUGGGUGAGCAGGUGCAGGCCACGCGGGCCGAGCUGGCCGAGCUGGAGCUGCAGCGGGCUGAGGCCGAGGGCCAGCGGCAGCAGCUGCAGGAGGCGCUGCGGCAGCGGCAGGAGGGCGAGGCGGCGGCCCUGCACACGGCGCAGAAGCUGCAGGAGCGCGUGGGCGGCCUGCAGCGCUCGCUGGCGCAGCUGGAGGCCGAGAAGCGGGAACUGGAGCGGUCAGCCCUGCGGCUGGAGAAGGACCGCGCGGCCCUCAGGAGGACCCUGGACAAGGUGGAGCGGGAGAAGCUCCGGAGCCACGAGGGCACCCUGCGGCUGAGCGCGGAGAAGGGACGCCUGGACCGCACGCUCUCCGGGGCGGAGCUGGAGCUGGCCGAGGCCCAGAAGCAGAUCCAGCUGCUGGAGGCCCAGGUGGAGGUGCUGGAGCAGAACCACAGCCCGGCCCAGCUGGAGCUGCAGCAGGAGGUGGAGCGUCUGCGCAGUGCCCAGGUGCAGACGGAGCGCACGCUGGAGUCUCGGGAGCGCGCCCACCGGCAGAGGGUGCGCGGGCUGGAGGAGCAGGUACCCAGGCCGGGCUCGGGCGGCCCCCCCAGGGCUGAGCAGGUGUCCACGCUGAAGGGGCAGCUGCAGCAGGAGCUACGGAGGAGCUCAGCGCCCUUCUCGUCCGGCGCCGCGGAGAAAUGAGCCCCUCCUCAGCCGGCAUCCCCCAGGGCAGCGGGGAGUCAGCUCAGCAGCAGUGGCCCCACACCCCACCCGAGCCCAGCCCCGGAUCUCUGCAGGGUGGGCGGGGGCCGGGGGGCCCAACUGAGAGACUGAUUCUGGCCCCAGAGCGGCCACCAGGUCGGUGUUCCCACAUCUGUGACCGCCACCUCAGUGCAGCCCCUCCUGAUUGCACGUGGUGCCCUGAGCAGCUGAGGGAGGUCGGGCUGGGGCCCCUUGCCUCUCCUGGGAGCAGGGGCUCUCGGGGAGGAGCGAGCCGAGGAGGCCCUCGGGUCUCACCGCCUUCGUUCAGAGGAUUAGUCAGGAAACCCGUGUCCAGAGUUCCUGUAUUUUUGUACCUUUUUUACGAUGUUAAUAGUUCAGAACAGUUGGAUUUUUGUAACAAAACCCCAUUUUUC